UUAUUAAUGUGAUGAGAUGAGAUGAGAUGCCAUGAGAGACUCGGCCGGCCUUUGGUCUGGUUCAUCCAGCAGGUAGCAGCCACACCGUGCGUGCCUGGUCAAGGUCAAACCCCCAAGCAAAGCAAGCAGCCAUUGCCUGCCCCUUGUAUCUAUAAAUGGUGCAUCAUCUAGUUGCUGCUGCUCUGCCCCAAGCAAGCAACCACAGGAGCAAGAAGAGCUAGUGUAGCUGAAAGCAGAGGAGGAGCUAGCUUCUUUGUGCAAAAAGAGGAGACCCAUUAUAUACUAGUAGCAAAUAGCAAUGGCGGCGACCAAGAUCUACAUCGUGUACUACUCGACCUGGGGCCACGUUGCGGCGCUGGCGGAGGAGCUCAAGAAGGGCGCCGAGUCCGUGGACGGCGUGGAGGCGACGGUGUGGCGCGUCCCGGAGACGCUGCCGGAGGAGGUGCUGGGGAAGAUGCACGCGGCGCCGCAGCGCGAGGAGCACCCAGUGAUCUCGGCGCGGCAGCUGGCGGAGGCCGACGGCGUGCUGCUGGGCUUCCCGACGCGGUUCGGCAUGAUGGCGGCGCAGAUGAAGGCGUUCCUGGACUCCACGGGCGGGCUGUGGCAGGAGCAGGCCCUGGCGGGGAAGCCCGCGGGUUUCUUCUUCGCCACCGGCACCCAGGGCGGCGGGCAGGAGUCCACCGCGCUCACCGCCGUGACGCAGCUCGCGCACCACGGCAUGCUCUUCGUCCCGCUCGGGUGCACCUUCGGCGCGCGCAUGUUCGGCAUGGACGAGGUCAGGGGGGGCAGCCCGUACGGGGCGGGCACCUUCGCCGGCGCCGACGGCAGCAGGACGCCCAGCGAGACCGAGCUCGCCAUGGCCCAGCACCAGGGGAAGCACUUCGCGGCCGUCGCCAAGAAGCUCAAGGCCUGAUUCCUUGAUGAAUACUGCUGCUGCUCCAAACUAGCACUACUAUGUUCUUUUGCGAUUCAAUAAUAAUGACAGCAGCGAUAUGUAAGGAUCGAUGCGUGAUUUGCUGGUUGAUCCUACUAAUUAAGAAUGAUUAAUUCGCAAUGGUAUUAUUUCAAGUUAUCAGUAUAUAUAGAACACAGCUCAUGGAUCUUGCCUUUGACCAAGAAGUAAGCAAGCCAAGGACCAUCCUGAUGAGCCGCCCUCCUCUUCCUCCUCCUCAGGAAAAAAAAGAAGAAGAAGAAGAAAGAAGAUGAAUAAUGAAAUGUUCCGAUCCUAUAUAAUUGAUUGAAGAUGUCCAGGGCGGUGAGGAGGUAGCAGCCUGCCUUUCCAAAUUGCCAUGGUUGGUCGGAGAAUGAAGUCAUACCCAUUCGUCGUCGUCCUAGUCGAUGGGGCACAUCACGGAUGACUUCUUCUU